AUCCCAUAUCCCCGAUUUUCUGAAAUGUUGAUGCUUGCAAAAAGUGACAAGUGCACACACCAGUGUUUUAGACAUCUUAAUCCAUAUGAUGUGUUUUCUAUGAUGUUUCAUAUUCGAUUUAGUUUGACAGAUUGAAAAAUAUUUGAAACGUCUGUUUGAAAAAAAUUGCGUCUCAUAAAUUGUAAUUGUUCUUGAAUUCAUCAUGGACAUCGAAAGUGAUGAAAAAUGUUGUGUACUUCACCGGAAAUAAGAGAUGUUGCAAAAAUUACAACAUUGAAUCUAUUGCCGGAAAAAUCAAGAAAUCUCUACCUAAAAGUGUUUAACAAUUUCAUGGAUUGAAGAGCAGCGAAUAAAAUCCAAUCAUUUUUUGAGGCAGUUUUAUUGGCAUAUUUCUCGAAAUUAUCAGCUAACCAUCAACAUUAUGGUCCCAUUAUUCUAUUCUAUAAAUGAAUGCAUCGAUAUCGAAAGUUAUAAAAAACUGCGUUCACUUUUGAAAAGGAAAUUAGAAGGUUCUCGGCCGAAAAAAGCUAGUGUUUUCUUGCUAAAAAGAAAAAAAUUAUUUCUGAGGCAUGUGUUGAAAAGUAUCUUGCAAUGAAGGUUACAAUGAUAAUGGGUGUUAUGGGUGCAUGCCGAGCAAAUGAAUUGUAUAACAUGAAAAUACAAGACAUUGGAUCAGCUGUCUUGGUAAACGUGCCCAAUACCACAGCAAAAAUCAGUAAAAAAUUCACUAUAAAUGAGGAUUUUUACCGGAUUUGUAAAAAAUACAUAGAACUGCAUCCAGCACAUGUAACUUCUAAUUAUUUUUUUCUGAACUAUCAAAAUGGAAAAUGCACUUCACAAAGGAUUGAUAUAAACAAAUUCACGAUAAUGGGAAAGCAAAUAGCUGAGUUUCUGAAGCUGCUAAAUUGCAAUGAAUAUUAUGAACAUAGCUUCCGCAGAUCUUCGGCAACCAUACUCGUCGAUGCUGGUGGAGACAUAAGAACACUGAAGCGACACGGGGGCUGGAAAUCCACGAUGGUUGCCGAAGGAUACAUAGAAGAUUCAAUGAAGAACAAAUUAGACACAGCUCAGAAAAUAUCAACCUCGAUACAAGAAGAAACAACUGAAUUCCAAAUUGGAAAUCUAAAGCAAAUAGGAACGACCGACCAAAGCAUUGAUUUAUCUAUAAAUUCAAUGCCUUCCUUUAUUUUCAAUAAUUGUUCUUUUAAUAUUUGUUAUGACUCCUGAACGUAAAAUGAAAACACUUCCAAUGCGA